AUGGCAUCGAAACCUACACGGAUCACAGUGGCUCCUCGCGGGCCCCGAGGACCGAUUGGACGCUUAGCCAGUCUUAAGCCUCCAGCUUCAACAUCUAUUAAGCGUCCUGGAUCAAUUUCACGCCCCCAGCCUUCACGCCCAACAACCCACCCAAAGACGUCGAGCUGUCCCAACCCGGGCUGUCCAGCUCCGCAUAUCGUUGACGAUGACGGAUCAAAGGUCUGUACUGGGUGUGGUACGGUUAUUAGCGAAUCAAAUAUUGUUUCAGAAGUCACAUUCGGCGAGUCUUCAUCUGGCGCUGCUGUUGUUCAGGGUACUUUCGUUGGAGAAGGUCAGACCCAUACUCGGAGCUUUGGUCCGGGUUUCCAACGUGGUGGCGGUAUGGAGAGUCGAGAGAUUACCGAAGCAAGUGGUAAUCAAUACAUUCAUCAGUGCUCACGCCGGUUGAACAUCCCAGAGAGUGCUUCGAAGGCUGCCGGUCAAGUAUUUAAGCUUGCCGCUGGUUUGAACUUCAUUCAGGGUCGCAGAAUCAAGACUGUGGCAGCAGUAUGUCUUUACAUCGCAUGUCGUCGUCAAGCUGGUAACACGGUCAUGCUGAUUGAUUUUGCCGAUAUUCUAAUGAUUAACGUCUUCAAGCUUGGUAAAACAUACAAAGCCCUUCUUGACGAACUCCGACUGGGCGGUAACGUCUUUUUGAUGAACCCAAUUGAUCCCGAAAGUUUGAUAUAUCGUUUUGCCAAACAACUGGAGUUUGGCCCUGCUACCAUGAGCGUCGCAGGUGAAGCUGCCCGCAUUAUUCAACGAAUGAAUCGUGACUGGAUGACCACUGGUCGACGACCUGCAGGUCUCUGUGGUGCGGCCCUCGUUCUUGCAGCACGCAUGAACAACUUUCGUCGAACUGUCCGUGAAGUUGUUUACGUUGUCAAAGUGACUGAGAUUACUAUCAGUCAGCGUUUGUCAGAAUUUGGUGCAACUGAGAGUGGAGAAUUGACAGUAGAUCAAUUCCGAUCUGUGCAGUUGGAGAAUUCUCAUGACCCACCUUCCUUUACUCGGGCGAGGGAAGGUCGGAAACCUAGCAGAGUGAUGAAGAAACUUCCGGAGACGGCAGCCGAUAUCGAAGAGGAUUCACUCAGUGAGAGUGAGUCGGUUCAGGCUCCUCGUGUCGAUGCAGAUGGAUUUGCGAUCCCUAAUCUCCCAAUUGAUCCUGCCUUGACCGAGCCUCCGCGUCGCCGAUCGUCCAUUAAUAAGGCUGUCAACGAAGUUAUCAAGGAUGCCAGCCAGGAGGAAGGGAAGGCAAAGGCGAAAGGCAAGGGCUCGCGCCGAACCCCAGUACCUACACCAUCUGUCGAACAACUCGCAUCCGAGGAUGCUCUUGAGGCCGAGAUGCGAACAAUGCUUCAAAAGGGGUCAAAUAUGAUUGACAGUCUCAUUGACCAAGAGCCUAAGAAGCUGGUGUCCAACAACUACGAGAUCGAUGAAUCGGAGUUUGAGAAUGAUCCCGAAGUUGCGAACUGCCUUCUCUCGCCUGGUGAAGUCGACAUCAAAGAGCGUAUCUGGGUCAGUGAAAAUAAAGACUACCUCCGAGUGCAACAAACCAAAGCCCUGAAACACGCACUUGAUGAAGCGAUGGGAACGAAAACAAAUCGUAAGCCUCGCAAGCGCCGAAAGGGCCGUCUCGGUGAUAUUACCUAUCUCGAGGGCGAAGAUGCCGACGGUCGCAGCUCUCGUGCAUCAACUCCAGCUGAGGCAACUCGACGCAUGCUGGAACACCGCGGAUACAGUAAAAAGAUCAAUUACUCGCUUCUCGAUACCCUGUACGAUGGCGAGGGUGAGGGCGAGGGCAAGGGCGAGAGCGAGAGCACGGCGGCAGAGACCAAAGAAGAGAACCUUAGUCGAAGUCGCAGUCGUAGUACGAGCGUCGUAUCGCGCCAUAGUCUUCCACCUGCCCCGUCGCCUGCUCGUCGUCGACGUAAGGGACCUGGAGCCAGGGGCUCAAGUGCUGCACCCCAACCAACUCCUCCCCCUACACAACGCGAUAGCAAAGCCCCAGAACGCUCACCUCCACCAGAGCGUUCGCCUCCACCAACUGCGACACCAACAGAGGCGACACCAGUGGCUGCUGUUCCAGACAACGAUGCCGCUCCAGACGUCUCCAAGGCAGAUGAGACCGCUGGCAAAGUCCCAGACCCUGAUGAACUUGACGAUGACUAUGGUUCCGAAGAGGAUGAUCAUCUCGAGGAGGCCUUUGAGGGAACAUACGAGGAUGACUAUUACGAGAUGGAUAGUGACUAG